AUGAACUCUUACGCGCUAGAGACUGAAAGCCGUCUCCAGGAUGUUUAUCUCCCCCACGGUAUCUACAACGACUUUGGAAACACCGGUUACGACUUCCCACCCAUGGAGUAUAUAGCGAACGUGUCUGGUGCGAUGAACUCUAGCUACUCCCCCAAGCGGCACCACCAACAAGACCAGAUGGCAGGUAUAAAACUAUCUCCAAUGAUUGCAACGUUCCCCCCCACCCCAGUGGUUGUGAAAUUCGAGCGGGAUCCUGUGGGUCCGAGCGAUCAUGCACAACACGUUUAUUCUGGGCCGAUUGGCGCACAUGCUCCUUACAUGGAUCAACUUGAUGGCAGUACGCUUCAAGGUACACAGUAUCAUGAAGAGCUCAAAAGUCCAAUCAAGGCGGCACCAGAGUGUUCUAUCGAAUAUGACACUGAGACAUCAAGAGACACUUCUAUUGAGCCCUGCGACUCCGAUCCUUAUUCUGGACUACCUGCAUCCUCGUCAAUUUCUUUGCAUGAAGGAUCAUAUAAUGUCAGCGAGAUAAGUGGAGCCGAGAACUUUCCAUUGUAUGAGCCCUUACCGAUAAUAAAGCUCGACUUUUACAAUGGGGCGUUCAGCGAGGUUACGUAUCCUAUUGACAAUGUGAUGCUUGGCCAAGCGAUCGGUAUUAAAGUUCCUAAUUCCACCCGUAAUGCCAAGCAAAAUUUGGCUUUGAUUAAAUAUAAAGCGAGAUUCAAGAAGCUGAAGAAGAUGAUGGCGGAGAAUAGAAAGCAGGAGGAGGUGGAAAGGCUUCUUAGGGGGAAAGAGCGUCAUCGAAGAGCUCUCCGUCGACUGCAGCUGAAAGGUGGGAAAGAAAACGAGGAACCGGCCAUUGAAGAGCCUCAGGAGGAGGAACAAACUAUAGAGGAAGACGCAGAGCCUGAACUACCCGAAUUUGCCGAGACAUUGAGUUCAGAACUAGACUCCAGCGUAGCUCAGCUCAAGGCAGUUACUGGAAUCAAGACAUUAGAGUUUGAGCGGAUCGUUUGUCAAGAAACUCCCAGAAGUCAAAUAAUCAUGAUUGGGGUUAAUGACGAUCGGUCUGUUGGCGGGAUGGUUAUCGAUGUGCCCGACCUAGCGCUGCCGCCAAUUCGCGAACUGAAAGAGCCGGAGAACCCGGAGCCACCAGUUAUGGAGGUAGAGGAAACAACCAUCCCAACAUUUACCGACAAGGAGCGCGGGUUCAUUGCCCGCAUGGUUCUACAUCCGCGGGUAUGGAAGCAGAGCAUGCAGGUCAUCAGAGGCGGCCUGCACUGCCGGAACAAGCAGUGCACCACAACGUUUUGCAGUGUGGCUGAGCUUGCAUUGCACUUUGAUAAAAACUCCAAUUGCUACAGGGGCUCUGAGCUGUUCUGUGUACACAAGACAUGCCCGUGGUCAUUUGUUGGAUUUCCAACUCAAGGAGAACUGAACCGUCACAUGCGUAGCCAGCAUUCAGGAGACUUUUUCCAGUGUCCAUCGUGCGGUAAGGAAUAUUCUCGUAGUGACAGUCUUAAGCGUCAUAUGGCACGAUGCAGCGAGGAAAUCCCAUCCGACAUAUUGAAGGCAUCGGACUGCAGCGAGAUCAACCCCACACAUUACUUAGCACAUGUCACCAAGGGGACCGACGGUCGUGAACGGUACGAGAGCACAAUUUCUCUGGAGAACAGUCUCAAGAUACGCAAAAGCCGCAUAAGUAAGGUGGUGUUUUCAAUGGUGAACAUCAGCCACGACUUCCUUGCUCACUAG